AUGUAUCGGAAGUUGUCUAAGUUAGAACACUCGGAAAUAAAACAACUUCUUACAGAAGCUAACAUAGAUGUUGCAAAGCAUUACGCAACAAACAAAAAAGCACUCGCUGACAUCCUCAAUGACUAUAAUGGUGCAAUAAGUUAUGAUAGAAUUCAUGAGUUCAUAAAGCCGCAACGCGGUGAGGACGAAGUCCAUGCAAGAGCAUUUCCUUUAAAUGACGUUGCUAUUGACUUAUAUCAUAGACGUUCAGUACCUCAUGAAGUAAGAAGAGAAAUGUAUGACAUAACAAAUGCAAACGUUGGUAAAACACGAAAGAGAGACGACACACUGAAACAACAGAGAAGAGAGAUGUUUAAAAGUGCUAUAGAACAAGUUCGCAAAGCUAACGAUGUCAUUCGUUCCAUUGACGACAAACCAAAAGAAGGUGAGAGAUGGUUAAAGAAAGAUGAAGAGAAUAGGAAGAGAAAUGUUAAGACAGGCAAUAGACUCAUUGACUUUAACAUCGAAGCUUUAGAUGAACCAAACAGAGACUACUUACACAAACAUUUCGGUAAGGUUUUCAUGAGACUCUUAGAGAAGAUUAAAAUAAACUCCCAACAAAGAUGGAUGGUAUGUUAUAAACUUGGUGGAAAGUAUGAAUGUUCUACGUUAAACCUCAAUAAUAUUGGAACAUUACUACAUCAGCUCUUGAAGGAGAACUUUAUAUCAGAGAUAGAAGCAAACGCUGCAGGUAUUGUUGAAAUGCACUAUGACUUCUUCUUGACAAACAUAAAGAAUCUUCCUGAAAUAAAGAUGUAUGAUUUAACAGAAUAUGAAGGCUUAACGAUGUCAGAUGUAAAGAAAGGCAAACCAAAAAAGAGACCAUAUAGAGAUGAAAGCACACUGACAAAUGACCAGAAAGCCAUUUUGGAAGCUCUUAAGCAAACAGGAAACCCAGCACUUAUAGAAAGCUUUUGGAAAGAUAAUGGUGAAAAGAA